AUGUUGUGCGCAUUUUCUCGUGCCAAAUCUACGGCAUUUUUGUUUAUUCGUCAUCUGACGUCAAAAGCCAUGGAUCCUGCUGUUUGUGGUCUUUCUAGUGCUAUUUCAGAGGCUAAAAAUCCGCCUCCACCUGAGUUCAUAGCUCACAGAGAAAGUCUCUGGCAGAAACUCAAGAAGGAGCAUGAUCAGUUUGUGGCUUCUCAACCUCGCUCACCAAUCGAAAUCACACUUCCGGACGGUAACAUUAUUGAAGGCAAGGCUUGGGAAACACGCCCGAUAGAUGUUGCCAGAAAUAUUGAUAAGAAAACAGCCGAAGGCAUCGUCAUAUCUAAAGUAAAUGGAAAGCUCUGGGAUCUUGAGAGACCGUUUGAGGGAAAUGCUUCUGUUCAAUUCCUCAAUUUCGAUGACAAAGACGGACAAUAUGUCUUCUGGCAUUCCUCUGCUCAUGUAAUGGGUGAAGCUAUGGAACGUAUUUUCCAAGGUCACCUUUGCUACGGUCCUCCAGUUGAACAGGGUUUCUACUACGAUAUGUGGAUGGAAGGAAGAAAUGUACGUCCUGAUGAUUUCCCAGCACUCAAUAAAAUGUGCAAUUCCAUCCUGAAUGAGAAACAGCCAUUUGAGCGAUUGCUUCUUUCCAAACAAGAUCUCCUUAAAAUGUUCUCGUACAACGAUUUCAAAGUUCGCAUUCUUAAUGAACGCGUGAAGGAUGAAAAGACCACUGUUUACAAGUGCGGUACUCUUAUUGAUCUCUGUGUUGGCCCACAUGUACGCCAUACAGGCUGUAUCAAGGCCAUUAGUGUAACUAAAAGCAGCUGCUCUUUCUGGGAAGGCAAAACCGAUGCUGAACCACUUCAACGUGUUUAUGGUAUCUCCUUCCCCUCUCAACAAGCUAUGAAGGAGUGGAAACAAUUCCAAGAGGAAGCGGCUAAGCGAGAUCAUCGUAAACUUGGUGUGGAGCAGAAACUUUUCUUCUUUAAUGAGCUUUCACCUGGCUCGUGUUUCUUCUUGCCUGCUGGAGCUCAUAUUUAUAACAAGCUGGUUGAACUUAUGCGAAGCGAAUACUGGAAACGUGGUUUCACUGAAGUUAUUUCUCCCAAUAUCUACGAUUCCAAGUUGUGGGAGAUCAGUGGCCACUGGCAACAUUACGCUGAAAACAUGUUCAAAAUUGACAUUGAAAAGAAGAUUUUCGGUCUGAAGCCGAUGAAUUGUCCGGGUCACUGUCUCAUGUUUGAACAUGAACUUCGUUCGCAUCGUGACUUGCCAAUGCGUUAUGCUGAUUUCGGUGUUCUUCAUCGAAAUGAAUUCUCCGGAGCACUGACUGGUCUUACGCGCGUCCGACGUUUCCAACAAGAUGAUGCUCACAUUUUCUGUCGUGAAGAUCAGAUCGAAAGUGAAAUAGACAAUGCUCUCAAGUUUUUGCAAAACAUCUACGGCAUCUUUGGAUUCACAUUUGAGCUCUUCCUCUCAACACGUCCUGAAGAUUUCUUGGGUUCUGUCGAUUUGUGGGAUCGUGCCGAAAAGCAACUGGAAAAUAGCUUGAACACUAGUGGUUUCAAAUGGACUCUUAACGAAGGCGAUGGUGCCUUCUAUGGUCCUAAAAUUGAUGUCAUCCUUUUCGAUGCUCUUCGAAGACGUCAUCAGUGCGGUACAAUCCAAUUAGACUUCCAAUUGCCUGUAAGGUUCAAUCUCCAUUAUCAAUCGGGUGACUCUCAUGAUGGCGACGGCGAUGCAACGCUUUUGAAACGACCCGUUAUCAUUCAUCGUGCUAUCCUCGGCUCAGUUGAACGCUUUAUGGCCAUUCUUACAGAACACUUCGCGGGCAAGUGGCCCUUCUGGAUAAACCCGCGCCAGGUUUUGGUUGUGCCUGUUGUCUCUGCACUUGAUGAAUAUGGACAGAAAGUAAAAGAGCAGCUCCAUGAUGCUGGUUUCAUGGCUGAUAUCGAUGUAGAUCCCGGUCGUACGCUCAACAAGAAGAUCAGAAAUGGCCAACUUCAGCAAUACAACUUCAUUCUUGUUGUUGGUGAGAAGGAAAUGACCAAUGGAACAGUGAACGUUCGAUCACGUGACAAUAAAGUGUUGGGUGAGCUCAAAGUGGAGGCAUUGAUUGAUCGUCUCAAGCAGUUCACCGAAUCCAAGACAUUGAAGGCGGAAUCGGAGUUGUAA